AAAAGACGCUACAGAUGUUUAUUUUCCUGCGUUAAAGCUUGAUGCUUGAGCGAUCAGGAUAAUGAAUAGGGUUAAUUUGAUUAGAUAUGUCAUUGAGGACGUUUUUGAGUAAAAGGGCCGGGCGUGCAUGUGUGGCCAUUCUAGCCUGCGUCUACCACGUACGUCGAUGGUUGGUCGGUUAAUUUUACGACCAUAUAACUCAUAUUUUUAAUUCAAAAGAAGAGCCUCAGACAUCCGGAGUAUGUAUGUAAACAAGAAAUCUAAUCUACUGAAAUGGCAAGUGGCUUUUGCCUUGGCUUUGAUAGUGGCUGUGGCUGUGGGCCUGACCAUGGGAUUGUUAUAUCACUACAAAGAUACUGGCACUGUGGCAGUCACCCAACGACCAACAGAAGCGCCGCCACAGCCGACUGGCGAGUACCAGUACGCCAAAGCUGCGGUUGCCGCCGAUGCUGGGGAAUGCUCAGAGAUUGGCCGGGAUAUUUUGGAAAAGGGCGGCUCAGCCGUUGACGCGGCUAUUGCAGCCUUGUUAUGUGUCGGUCUUCAUAACUGUCACAGUGCAGGCAUCGGAGGAGGGUUCUUUAUGCUGACCUACAACGCUAGGACUCAAACCGUAGACAUGUUGGAUGCCAGAGAAAAGGCUCCACUUGCGGCCUCUGAAAAUAUGUUUGAAAAUGAGACUGAUGAUGCGUCUACCUCUGGUGGCUUGGCUAUUGGUGUUCCUGGGGAGGUAGCUGGCUACUGGACCGCUCACCAACGCUACGGUCUCCUACCCUGGAGGGAUUUAUUUCAACCUUCUAUUAAAUUGGCAGAGGACGGAUAUGUUGUAGGCAAAGCAUUGGCUGGUGCCAUUCGUGUGAGAGAGAGUGUCAUUAAGGGCGAUCCAAGCCUAAGUGAGAUUUUCGUGAACUCUGCCACGGGCGAGACUCUGAAGGAAGGAGACACGUUGAUUAACACCAAACUGGCCGCGACUUACAAGAAACUAGCCGAGGGUGGAGAAGAUGCCUACUAUAGGGGAGAACUGACUGAUGACAUCGUGGCUGAUAUUGCAGACAGAGAUGGCAUUAUCACAAAGGAAGAUCUGGCAGGAUACAGAGUCCGACGAAAGACACCUCUGAUGAUUGAAUUGGACGGUAUGAAGGUGUACACGCCCCCACCGCCAGGCAGCGGCGCUGUGUAUUCACUCAUGAUGAAUAUCCUUGACGGAUAUGACAUUGGUCCAGACAGCAUAGCUACCACAGAAGCCGAGAUCCUAGCGACUCAUCGCAUGGUGGAAUCUUUCAAGUUCGCCUAUGCAGGCCGAUCAUUCCUUGGAGAUGAAGACUACGUGGACGUCAAAGAGGUUGUUGCCAACAUGACGUCACAGUCUUAUGCAGACUCCUUACGAGCCGCUAUUAGUGACGACUCCUCGCACGAUCCAUCCUACUACGCAGGGUACUACAACCAGCCAGAUAGUGGCACAGCCCACCUGUCAGUUGUCGAUGGGGAUGGCAACGUUGUGUCUGUAACAAGCACCAUUAACCUAUAUUUCGGCUCCAAAGUUCGCGGUACUCGCACGGGGAUCAUGUUCAACGACGAGAUGGACGACUUUUCUCAACCUGAUAGGCCGAAUGCUUUCGGUGUCCCGCCGUCACCGAGCAAUUUCAUCCGGCCAGGGAAGCGGCCAAUGUCCUCCAUGACACCCACCAUUGUCGUGGAUCGUGACGGGAAAGUUAAACUGGCGGUUGGUGCAUCGGGAGGAACACGUAUUACAACUGGAGUUGCCCAGGUAUCAGUGAAUACACUUUGGUAUGGUGAGAGCAUAAAAGAAGCGAUCCAACGCAAACGUCUUCAUCAUCAAUGGGUUCCCAAUAAUGUCACCUACGAGGCAGACUACAAUCAGGACGUCAUCGAUGGAUUGAGAGAGAAGGGUAACUUUCCAAUGGUGUCUUCCAGUGGGUGCGUAGUGCAAGGCAUCCUUCGUGACGCGCAAGGAUUCUUGAACGCUUACAGUGACGACCGGAAAGGAGGCUACCCGGCUGGUAUCUAAACUUGACCUUUUUAAUCACGCAAAGGAAGAAGGUAUCCCGUAUGUGCCAACUUCAAAGCCCAUGUGCCACAUAAUGUUUCCUCUUGUGGCUCGUGCAAAAGGAAUAGAUACCCGUGUGGCGCCCGGUUGUCGCCCACACUCCCAUUUGAUGCCUUCUCCCACUAUGACCUCUUGGUGGCGCUGUGUACAUGUAUUGUGAAUCGCUCCUUAUGCACACACCGGUAUAUUAAUUUCUACAGUCACAAAACUUAAUGAAGAAUACCAGACCUAAGAAAAUCAGUAAAAAAUACUCCAAGGCCAUAUACAUAUAACAUAAAAGGGUAUUGCUUUCCUCCUAUGAUGAUAACGCCUAAAAGCAGUCCUGAGGUCCAUAUCCAUUUUUAAAUGCUUCCACUGCAUUUGCAAAAUAGAGCAAUAUAUUUCACAGACACACUACUUCAAAUACCAGUUUAGAGCCGGGAACCUUUAGGUGCCACAAAAUAAUUAAAGAGAAAGAUUGACAGUAUACAAAUCGUGAUUUGGACAGCGUAGCAAUACUGGGCCUAUUUACUGGGCUGUAACCUCACAAUCAGGGCCCAGUUUCAUGGCGCUGCUAAGCAGACGAUUUUCUGCUAACUGAGCCUCCGUCUACACUGACGGUGACGGUACAUAAAUAAAUCUCCAUGCGCGGGCCAAAGUUAGCACAUCCGCACCAUGAAAUUCAUAAAGUGCUUAAGGUUAGCCUUACCUUUUAUACUUACUGGUAAGCAGUGCCAUAUGAAAUUGGGCCCACACCUUUGCAGAUAUGAUGGUUGGCGCAAUAUAUAGUGGAGCACAAAAUAAUGUUAUAGUAGGGCCUAAUACUUUUUACCUGCAAGCGUCAUUUUAUGUUUUAGAUAUUAAGAUCUUAUUUAAUUUGUUUUAUGAUUAUAUAGUGACCAUUUCUUAUUCACUUCCUAAUCCUCAUACCAUCUCUCUUACUCCCCUAUUCUCCCGUCAACCUCAUCCCUAGCCCCAACAUUAACCCCCCCCCCCCCACUCCCUUAUCAUGUUUGAGUUACAGUUUUCUGGUUCUGUGGUGUUUUUAUACUUGUCUGAUUAUGGCUUAUAAGUUUUUACAAUAUUGAUUUUGUUGUAAGUUUGCUUAAGAUGACUUUACGUACAUUAUAACUAUUGUAAAAAUGACUACAAUUCAGCCUCCUGGCUGUCAUGUUUCAUUUUCAAUGAAAUAAUUUAAAAAAUAAAACAUGAAUAAUUUGCGGGGUGAAUAUACAAGAGAGGUCACCUACUGAAAAAGGCGAUCUCUUUCUCUCUCUUGCUCACAGUAUUUCAAAAAAGGUGAAUAUGGACCUCAUAAGUAGCAGUCAUCAAGGCAAUGCAUUUGUCUUGCUGUGAUAUACCAGAAAUAAACCUUUUAAGCACUCAUUGUUUCUAAGUUAAAAUAACAAAGGAUGCCCUCUAAGAUGGCCGCUAUACGCAUAAAGUCUACCAAUGAGGUCUAAGAAAUACGAAGGGUGCUCAAGUUUAAGGAAUUAGUCAAUCCGGCACGAGAGGUCAUCAUGGCCUACGUCAAGGUAAUGAUGCACAAAACGCUGCUCCGUCCGUCCCGUAAAUUCAAAACUUCGAUUUUUUUUAUUCAUUGACAUUCAACAGUUGUAAUCAGAAAUGUUAUCAAUUCUUUUGCCUCCUGCAAACACUAAGCUUGGAAAACACAACGACCAUCCUCAAUCAAUAGAAUUUAUGUAGAAAUAUAACUAUGCAGUUUUUCUAGUAUAUAUUUUCCUGGUCAGUCUUGUAAUUGACUUUGUAUUUCGUUAAUCUUUCAGAAAUUUGAGAUAAUUAACACACUGUUACAAUGCAACUCAAAAUAAUUAUAAUCUACACGACUACAUGUAAUUGUCGCACAGAUUUUUCAUAUUAUUAAGGGAAUUGUUGUAAUUUAGGGAAUUAUUGUUGUUAAUGUAUUUUUACUCUUUUGGACGGUUUUAAUUCAAAUUUGGUAUACUACUUUUAAUUGAAUAGUUGUAUUUUUGGGAGGCAGGUGUUUUUACCAAUUAAGCUGAAUGAAUAAAGUAUAAUUCCAUAAUGUAUGCUCA